AUGACCAGCAGAAGCGGUCAUUCCCAGCACCACCCGAAGCUGAAGGCGCCGACGCGUGCCCUCUUCUCCUGCGGGAUGUUCCGGAACUGCACUCAAACAGUGCUGAGCCCGACGAAGACGGCCCCGCCGCCGCCUGCAGCAACGACGACGACGAUGACGACCCCGCCACCGUCUUCUGGCUUGCCCCCGCCUUCUUCAUCUCCUCCCCCUCCUCUUCCUCUGCCGACACAAUUGGAGAAGGAACACGCGCAGAGUUCAGUCCCUACAGCGACGGCGGCCGAACCCGAAGGACGGCAUCCGUUGUCCUCAUCUUCGUCAUCGUCCUCAACCUCCCAGAGCUUCACCCAGUGGCGGUUCCCGCUCACCCACCCGCCAUCAGAGUCCUCCGAUCACCGCCUGCACCAGGAAUCCGACUUCGCCACCUCGACCGACGACCUUUCCGGGGCCUUCCAUGUCGCAGAGCUCCACCUCCCCUCCGGCAAUCGCAUCCCUGCGCUGCGACUCAUCGAGAGAUGUCUCGCGCUAGAUCCGGGCGCCGCCGCCGUUCCCUGCCCGCUGCCCGUCAUGGCCGGAGUCGUAGCUUCGAUACUGGAUCCGGCCGCGGCCAGACCCGCAGCGAAGGUCCUGCUGGCGCUGCUCCUGUCGGAGAGUAACCGGAGACUGGCCGUGGAGGCGAAGGCCGCGCCGGCGGCGGUGGAGGCCGUCGCAGCCGCUUCGACGUCGGGAGCAGCCGGGGCGGCGACGGCGGAGCGGGCGCUGGCCGCGCUGGAGCUCAUAUGCACGGUCCCAGAGGGAGCGGUGGAGGUGAGGAGAAACCCCACCGCGGCGGGGUCACUGGUGGCCGCGGUGGAGAAGAUGGUCGGCAGAGGGAGGGAGUCCGCCAUCGGGGUUCUGUCGGCGAUCUACGCCGGCCAAUGGGCUGGUGCCGCACCGCCGGAGGUGGGCCGGACGGUGGUGAUGGCCUUGCAAGGCGACUGCACCCCGAGGGGCCGGCGGAAGGGGGCGAAGCUGCUUAAGGCGCUCAAGGAAGCCGGACGGCUGGAUCUCCCCGACGACGGAUGCUGA